GUAAACAUACGCAAGCGAAGGCGGCGAGUUCCGGCGCGUUCCUGUGGCCCCCCGGGUGGCCUCUCCCGUGAAAAUAAAAAUUUAAACAGGGGGUGAGGGGUUAUUCGGCUUGCUUUUCUUGUGCGUUACUGAAUAAUAAUCGUUUGUCAUACCCUUGGCUAGGGUACCAAGCUUUCGUUGCAAGAUGGGGGAAUAUUUCCAAUUGUCUCUUUUGGUGUGCGUAUUGAUCGCCCAGUUCAGUAUUUCUGUUUCUUUCUAUUUACCUGGCCUGGCACCUGUCAAUUAUUGUGAAAAGGAAAGGGAGAGUGAUCGCUGCAAGUCUCAGAUCCCGGUGUUUGUGAACCGGCUAACGUCGCUGGAGUCGGUGAUACCGUACGACUACAGCCAUUUCGACUUUUGCAGCCCGCAGUCGGAGGCAGCGCCGCCCCCGGUCGAGAACCUGGGCCAGGUGGUGUUCGGACAGCGCAUCCAGUCCUCCCCCUAUGAGUUCCAGUUCGAGCCCACCGGCAAAACGUCCCAGACAUGUGUCAAGGUCUGCGAGAAGACGUACAAUCCCAAGCAGGCGAACAACAAGCUGGCCAACCUGAAGAGGGCCAUCUUCCUCGACUACCAGCACCACUUCAUUGUCGACAACAUGCCGGUGACGCUCUGCUACAUGACGGACAUCGGAGAGCGCAGCUGCAAUAACGGCUUCCCGGUCGGCUGCUACGUGGACCCGCAGGGCCGGCCCAAGCCCUCCUGCUAUCUGGGCAGUAACCUGGCCCAGAAGCCGGGUGUGCACUACCUGUUCAACCACCUGGACUUCAACAUCACCUACCACAGCGGCUACAAGGAGGCCUGGGGCACCUCCUUCCAGGGAGAUGGCGGGCGGAUCAUCCGCGUGGAGGUGACGCCGCGCUCGAUCGCGCACAAGGCCGGCGAACCGCCGCACUGCGAGGCCGGCCAGGCGCCCAUGGAGAUUUCCUCGGACGCCGCUCAGAUCAAUGUCAUCUACACGUACUCGCUCACCUUUCACGAGACACACGAUGUGAAGUGGUCGUCGCGGUGGGACUACUUGCUGGACUCGCUGCCCAACGCCAACAUCCAGUGGUUCUCCAUCCUCAACUCGCUGGUCAUCGUGCUGUUCCUCUCGGGCAUGGUAGCCAUGAUCCUCCUGAGAACGCUACACAAGGACAUCGCCCGCUACAACCAGAUCGAGUCUGGUGACGACACGCAGGAGGAGUUUGGCUGGAAGCUGGUGCACGGGGACGUGUUCCGUCCGCCGCGCCACGGUAUGCUGCUGUCCGUGUUUGUCGGCUCCGGCGUGCAGGUGCUCUCGAUGCUGCUCAUCACACUAGUGUUUGCCUGCCUCGGGUUCCUGUCGCCGGCCAACCGGGGCUCGCUGAUGACCUGCGGCCUGGUGCUGUACGUGUGUCUGGGCACGCCUGCCGGAUACGUGGCGGCGCGCAUCUACAAGUCGUUCGGCGGAGAGAAGUGGGGACUGAACGUGCUGCUCACCUCGACACUCUGCCCGGGUAUCGUGUUCAUCAUCACGCUGCUGCUGAAUUUCGUGCUGUGGGCGCACGGCUCCUCGGCCGCCCUGCCCUUCCUCACCAUUCUGGCGCUGAUCGGACUGUGGUUCGGCGUCUCCGUGCCGCUCACAUUCGUCGGCGCCUACUUUGGAUUCCGCAAACGGGUACUCGAACACCCGGUGCGCACGAACCAGAUCCCUCGUCAGAUUCCGGAGCAGAGCAUCUACACGCGUCCGCUGCCCUGCGUGCUGAUGGGCGGCAUCCUGCCCUUCGGCUGCAUCUUCGUCCAGCUCUUCUUCAUCCUCAGCUCCAUCUGGUCCAGCCAGAUGUACUACAUGUUCGGCUUCCUGUUCCUCGUGUUUGUCAUCCUGGUGAUCACGUGCUCCGAGACCACCGUGCUGCUCUGCUACUUCCAUCUCUGCGCUGAGGACUACCACUGGUGGUGGCGCAGCUUCCUCACCUCAGGCUUCACGGCCUUCUACCUGUUCUGCUACUGCUGCCACUACUUCGCCACCAAGCUGAGCAUCAGCGACCCGACGUCGGUGUUCCUCUACUUCGGCUACACCACCAUCAUGGUGUUCCUCUUCUUCAUCAUGACAGGAACGCUGGGAUUCCUCGCCUGUUUCUGGUUCGUUCGCAAGAUCUACAGCGUCGUCAAGGUGGACUGACGCGUCUGCGGCAAACACGGCGCACCGGCGGCGCGGUGACGCCCAUUCCGACGCAGCAGCAGCGACCGCCGCUCGGCCACCGGAGCGGCGGCCCUAAUUUAUUCAAAUUCGUGUGUCUUGUGUCGGAAGGACGGUCGUGUGGCGGCCGUCUCGGUGGCGCGGCUCUCUACUCCCGAGAGCGGCUCGAGAGACGUCCCGCGUGGUGUGCCUUUCGGCUCGCCGGCGGCCGGGAAGCGAGAGUGAAGCUGUUACGAUAUCCCCGCACUGGAGAGCACCGACUGAGUCCCGGACUGAUAUGAGAGGGAAGGGGCAGCACGAAGGGUGGUACGAUUGUACGGCUGGUUGUGAGGGGACAUGUGUCGGCGCCGGCGACUACCGCCAGUGAUUUGGCUUCAGUGGUUUGUCUUUUGUUACGACUUACGACCUAGCCUGGGUUUGACACGCCUUCUCUUGUUCUGCGACAAUAUCUUUAGGGGGAUUGGCGUAUCUUGGACUUGCUUUUCGGUCAUCGCAUGUCAGCGUUCCACGUAAGCCAUACCUUUGUCGAAUUUCAUGUUAUCUGCACCAUAAUCAACAAGCCAGGUGGAAUGACGAGCGGUUGGAGAUAUUGCGAACGGGCAUAUUAUGGAUGACAGACUAAUUCACGGACCGGGACGGACUGAGUGAAUGGCCGACGGACUGAUAAGUGGACGACCUGAAGGCGUGACCUACAGAGACUGACUGACUGACUGACUGACUGACUGACUGACUGACUGACUGACUGACUGACUGACUGACUGACUCACUGACUGACUGACUGACUGAUAACCUGAAAGCCUGACGUACUGAGACUGACCGCCGACGGGCUGGCGGAGUGACUGACUGAUGGACAGCUACGCUAUCAGACCGACUGGGAGCCGCCCUGGCCGUAGUCUGUCCCUCGGCUGAACAGUAGCUGAUUGGAUACGACAGUGGACUCUGCACGACGAUACACACCGAUCACAGAGUGGGGGUGGCGACGGACCGCUCUGUCACUCGGCCUGGACAGACGCGGAUAGGAGGGGCAGCGGUCCGCACAGUGCAGCCGGGCGGGCUGGACGGAGCGGUCGCGGCGAGGCUAUGUUGUGUGCGCUGGCCGCUGGGCACUGUUUGUGAUCGUUGGGCACAUUGGGGUGUUGGCUGCGCGCCUCGGGCAUUUUUGGACUGCCAGUAACCCUCGGGGCGGCGCGGCGGCGGCCGCCGUCCAGGCGUGGUGUGGUUCACUUCACUGUGGAAAUUAUCGUGGAUAGCUGCUGUUUUAAUAAAGCAAAUUAUCGAUUACUCGUAGUGCGCUCUUCUCGGCAUGUGUCAACUACUCAAGAUUUGUUAGCGCGAGUAGGUUUAGUCUUUGUUGAUGGGUGAUUGAUUUUGUUUAAGUUAUCUUAUUUCGUGAUGCGUACGAUUUUAAGAAAUAUAUUAUUAUAAAAUAA